UCGUUUCAAAAAGAAAGCAUUUGUUAUUUCGUGGAUUUCUGAUGGAGGCCAGAGGAAAAUAAACACUUGUUUUGCAUUAAGCUCUUAGGUGCAGUUUUAGUGUUUAAGGUAUUCCCCUGCACUUUGUACAACAGUUAACAUGGGGUCCAAAGUUCAGUGGCUAGACCAGCGGAGGGAUAAAUGUGAACCCAGGAAAAUGUGCCCAGUUGAAAUGUAAACAGAUGAACAAGGCUACGUUUAUGAUGACCAAAGCAGACCACUUUCUUGUGUAGAAAAUAGUGUUUUUUUUUAUUAUUUACUAAUUUUGGGAAGAGUGUUCCCACCUUAGGUUUGUGGAUCAUGUGGCAAAGGUUCAGUAACAUCAGGGAGACCUUAUUAUGAGGAGGGGUUAAAUAAAUUUGGGGGACUAGUUACAAAUUGUGUUGUGGGGCGUGGGGGGGGGGGGGGGGAAGAGAAAUGGUGACCAAAUUAACACCUCUGCAGCAGGAGCUGGUGAAUGCAUUGGUGGGGUCUGGGAUCACCAAACAGACCCUGAUUGAAGCUCUCCAUGAACUCGAUCCUUAUCAUCCUGUCAAGACCGACGAAGCCCAGGGGUCGACGAUCAGCAUUCUGCCCAACGAUGGCUCCAAACCCGAGUUACUGCCAGCCUUAGCCAACGGCCACCAUCCGGCCAAACUGUCCGGCGACGAGAGCUCGGAGGACGGCGACGAGGACUAUGACACCCCGACGAUCUUGAAGGAACUGGACAACCUCAGCCCCGAAGAAGCGGCUCAGCAGAGAUCAAUAGUAGAGCAACUUCUACAAGAGGACCCAUGGAGGGCAGCAAAGAUGAUAAAGUGCUAUAUGCAGCAGCACAACAUCCCACAGCGCGAAGUGGUGGACACAACCGGCUUGAACCAGUCUCACUUGUCACAACACCUGAACAAAGGAACACCUAUGAAAAAUCAGAAAAGGGCUGCACUCUACACCUGGUACGUUCGGAAGCAGAGAGAAAUCAUGCAGCAGUUCAGCCAACCUACACAGAAGACAGGACAAAAUGUGGCAGGAAACAGACAGCAGCUGUUUCUCUUUGCGGAGUUCAACAACUCAGCCCAAGGAGCAUCCGGGGAAGAACCUGUUGAAGAGCCAGCCAAUAAGAAGAUGAGAAGAAACAGGUUCAAGUGGGGCCCUGCUUCACAGCAAAUAUUAUUUCAGGCCUAUGAGAGGCAGAAAAAUCCAAGUAAGGAGGAACGAGAGGCCUUGGUCGAAGAGUGCAACAGAGCUGAGUGUAUACAGCGAGGGGUCUUGCCAUCACAGGCCCAUGGGCUGGGUUCUAACCUCGUUACUGAGGUGCGGGUGUACAACUGGUUUGCAAAUCGAAGGAAGGAAGAAGCUUUUCGGCACAAGUUGGCAAUGGAUGCAUAUGGCACUCAACAACCGCACACAGUAACCCCCGUGACACUCCACAAUAGCUCACCUCUGCAACCAAGUGCUUUGUCACCCAACAAAUUACAUGGAGUGAGAUAUGGGCAGCAAACAUCCAAUGAUGUCGUGCCUCCAUCUGUUAGUCACCAUGGCAACAGCACUAUGGUGACAACUCACACAAUUCUCCAACCUGUUUCUCCUCCGGGUCUGGAACCAAGCUCCAGUUUGUUGACUACAGACACCAAAUUGAUAGCUGCCUCAGGUGGAACCCUUCCCCCCGUCAGCACCCUGACCGCCCUCCAUGGCUUGCAACACAACCCGCAGACUGUAGCCCAGCAGACCCAGAACCUCAUCAUGGCUUCCUUACCGAGUGUCAUGGCUAUUGCACCCAGUGAUUCAACCUGUCUUUCACCUGCACUGACUAAUGGAGGAGCUUCAGCACUGGUGAUUGGUCUUGCCACAACUCAGGCUCAGAAUGUUCCGGUCAUUAACAGCGUGGGCAGCAGCCUGACAACCCUCCAGCCAGUGCAGAUUCCUCAGCAACUACACGCCCAUCCCCAGCAGCCAAUCAUGCAUCAAGUCCAAGGUCACGUAGCCCAGAGUUCAUUCAUGGCUACAAUGGCACAGCUACAGAACCCACAUGCUGUUUACAGCCACAAGCCUGAACUAUCGCAGUAUCACACCAGCCUCUUCCCACAGACCAUGGUCUUCACAGACGCCAGCAAUCUCGGCAGCCUGACCAGUCUUCCCGUGGCAAAGCAGGUUCUGACACUUAAUUCAGAGGUCCAGCCAGAAAACCAGAUACAUGCAUCUGUGCAGCAAGUACCACUGCAGAGUCUGGAUGGUUCCAUUCAACAUAUCCAUCGAGUUUCCUCAAGCCCUGCGAUUACCACAGUCUCUUCAGGGAGCCUUGUGAUGUACCAAAACACCCAGUCAGCAGACGGUCACAGCCACCUGCUAUCACCUAGUCAAAGCAGCAUCGAGACCUUCAUCCCACAGCAGGUGGUUUCCACUGCACCGUAACCAUGCCAACCUAAACUGAAGCAAACUGUCUUGCAAAAUACUUUAGGCUUGGACCAAGUCAUUGGGAAAAGUACUGCAGGGUUUAAAUAAUCUUCCAAAGUGCUCAACUAUGUGACAGAUAGUCCUCUAGCAAACCCAUGAACAUCGUGUGAAGAUUGUACCUGUGUAUUUUUGACUAAAGAAUUACUUUAUUAAAGAGGGCUGUUUUGAGAGAUGCCAAUGUGCAAUAAUUUUAAUGAAAAUCCUCAAAUUAAGUGUCUAAUUCAAGAGCUACAUAAGGUGGAAGGAGUUUGACAAGGACGAGUGAUUGGGUGGGAAGGGGUGAGAAUUACAAGCCACGUACUAAUAGUUAUGCAAACCCCUCCACCCACACCUUCCCAUCAUGUAAAGCUCUCGUGAUAUUUAGUAGUCAAACCUACAUUUUGUGCUGCCAUUUUAUUCACAUAGACUUUAUAAUAUGAAUAUAAUUUAAGCUUUGAUUUUUGACAAACUUCUUCACUUCAAAUGUAUAUUAACAUUUGUUUCCUUUUGAUUAUAAAAUUGGACCAAACUAUUUAACUAACCAAAUUAUGUCACUGCAGCUCACUUUGUAAACUUUAGCGGUUCACUUAAAAUUUGCAAUAUAUA